CCUCUCAAAACAAAACCGUGACCCCAGUUCUUUCACCUUCUACCCCCAAGAAAAGAUACUCUCUCCGAACCCUGAUUAUGCCCUUUGCUUCGAAUCACACCGUACCGCAAGGUGUCUUGGUUCUUGAUCACCACUAUCUUCUUUCUAAAUUUCCACAGAGUGGAUCGUCUAUGGAAGGUUGUAUCUGCGCCAGCGGCUCUUUCUAAUCCUUUGUGCCGUCUCCAGGUUCCAACCAUUCAGGGUUAUGCCCGUGAUCACAAUAUAAAUUGUGUUAUGAAAAUGGGGGGGACCAAUGGUGGGCCAAAUGUGAUGGAUCGACGUAAGAAGCAGAAUGCAAUUAUGCCUAUAUGGAGGCCAAUCUCUACACAGUCAGUCCAAGAAUUUCUGCGGCAAAGAUUCUGGCAAGAACUUUAAGAACUUGAUAAGAGCAGAUGUGUUCAUACCCCUGCUGAACUGGCAUUAGAUAUCUCACUGGGUCAGCUGAAGUGAUCUGUAUGCUGCUAAAUGUUAGUUGAUUACAGUGAAAGGUCCAAUGUUCCAUAUGAAGUCCAAGAAGUGUACAAUAAUGUGUCCUCCUGUGUGGCUGAUAUUCAAAAUGUUACCCAGGAUGAACCAAAUUCUGAGGAUGCACCUGGGAGACAUACCUGUGAAACCGACUCCAAGUCCAAUGAGGCCAUCUGCCAGAAAGAAGUUAAAGAGAAAACACUGCAGGAAUUAAGCUCCAACAAGGAUGCAGAAUCAGGCUGUGGAGUUGAGAAACAUUUGAUCUCUGUUGAGGUAGAUGCUUCUUUGAUUCGUUUCAUAAAAGGAAAAGGAGGGUCUGUGCAGAGACAAAUUGAGGGAGAUAUGGGAGUGAAAAUUGCAUUCCCAGCAUCAAAGGAGGACAGUUCUAUUGUUAUUGAAGGCAAUUCCAUCGAAAGUGUGACUAAAGCAUCAAAAAAAAUUGCAAGUAUAGUUGAAGAGGCAGUCAAAAGCCCACAGCUUGAUUACUCUCACUUUAUCUCUCUUCCAUUGGCUAUUCACCCAGAAUUGGUAGAGAAGCUAACCCGUUUUCAGAAUUCUAUAUUGGGAGAUUCUGCUUCUAGACAAGAUGAUAAUCUGGAGAGUGCUUCAGAUGAAGAUGCUUCAGAGGAUGAGCAGAAACAAUUAGAAAGUCCAAGUGUUGCUGUUAAGCUUGAAGUCCAAGAUGAAAAGGAACCUGUAAGAGUGAAGAUAGAUUCCAACUCAGCUGCUAAAACUUCCAUUUUGUCAGAUUUGGGCAUUGACAGAUCCAUAUUUAUCAAACCUAGAACAUUUCACUUAACUGUUCUUAUGCUGAAGCUGUGGAAUAAGGACCGUGUUGCUGCAGCUAGUGAGGUUCUGCAGAGAAUAUCUUCAAAGGUAAAUGAUGCCCUGGGCAAUCGACCUGUCUCUAUAAGGCUCAAAGGGUUGACAUGCAUGAAAGGUUCACUGGCUAAGGCCCGUGUUGUUUACACUCCUGUUGUGGAAAUUGGUGGAGAGGGACGCUUGUUACGUGCUUGUCAAGUUAUUAUUGAUUCUUAUGUUGAAGCAGGUCUUGUUCUUGAAAAUGAUGCUCAUCAAACACUGAAGCUGCACGCCACCUUGAUGAAUGUGAGGCACAGAAAGAGGAAGAGGACUGGAAGACAUGAUUCCUUUGAUGCACGGCACAUCUUCAAGGUACAUGGCUCAAAAGAUUGGGGUGAGUAUCACAUCCAGGAAGUACAUCUUUCUCAGAGAUUCAAAUUUGAUGAAAGUGGAUAUUAUCAUUGCUGUGCUUUGAUUCCUUUACCUGAGAGCAUGCAAACGGAAUAAUUUCCACCCUCCGGAUUCAUAUAUUCAGAAUCGAAUCAUGUGGUGACACCCAGAUUUUGAUCUUGAUCGUCCGCCCAAAUGUUGGUAUUCCUAAUUUGAGGUUAUUUUACAAUUCUUCUGACCAAUUGGAUGCGGAUUUAUGCUAUGUGCACAUCAGAUGCUUGUUCCGUGCAAAUUUUUAACCUUUCAUUAUAAUACUGGCUAGUUAUUCUGUCAGAAUAAGAAUGAAAAAGACAGUAUAAUAAUUUCUUUUACCAACACUUCUGUUGUUGAUGAUGAAUACUUUCAGUUUUAUUUUUCUAGUUAAGUAAUGUGAAUUGAUAUUCAUUUAUUGUCAUCGCUUAAAUCUAAUUUAUAUAUGAUGAACUGUUAAGAGGCAUUUUGGGCUGUUUGCAUGUGCAAGUUUCAUACAUUAUCAAAAUGCUGUUACUAAGAUAAUGAUAGAUCAGAUUCCGGACACUUACUGAACCUAGAUCAUUAGGUUUUUGAAAGGUACGGGGUUCUGCGCUUGAGACGAACCUGUAGGACCGCCUAUGGGAUGUUGACAGCAGAACGUUGCUAUUGAACUUUUGGUAUUAACUGGAGGACGUUGUUGAGUCAAAUGUUGGAUGCAGUGGUGAUAUAACGGUUAUGAAUCUUGGUUGUGGGGUUGGGGGAGGCCAGUGAACCGCCGAUGGAAGCUUCUCCUAGUGGUUGGAGAGGCGCGAGGGGUGGAUGUGAAGGCUUUGAUUGAGGCAUUGGACAACAUAUUUCAGUUUUUUCUUAUGAUUAAGAUGGAUCACUAUUGGACGAAGUUGUGGUGCUCGGAGCCAGCCAGCCAGCCAGUUGCAUUUGCUAAACUGAAGGCCUAGGAUAUACUCUGUGAAUCAACGUACAUGCUGAUGUUCCUUCAAAAACGGUGGAAAUCAGCUGGUUUUUGAGGUUCAAUUUUUCACUAUAUUUACUUACAAAA